GCAGCUGAAAAAGAUCAUGUGGCACCGCAUGCAUCUAAAAAAGAACAUGUGGCACCUCAUGCAGCUGAAAAAGAUCAUGUGGCACCGCAUGCAUCUAAAAAAGAACACGUGGCACCUCAUGCAGCUGAAAAAGGGCAAGUGGCACCUUAUGCAGCUGGAGAAGGACAAGUGGCACCUAAUGCAGCUGGAGAAAGACCAGUUGCACCUUAUGCAGCUGGAGAAGGACAAGUUGCACCUUAUGCAGCUGGAGAAGGACAAGUAGCACCUUAUGCAGCUGGAGAAGGACAAGUAGCACCUUAUGCAGCUGGAGAAGGACAAGUAGCACCUUAUGCAGCUGGAGAAGGACAAGUAGCACCUUAUGCAGCUGGAGAAGGACAAGUAGCACCUUAUGCAGCCGGAGAAGCACAAGUGGCACCUCAUGCAGCUGGAGAAGGGCGAGUGGCACCUCAUGCAGCUGGAGAUGGACAAGUGGAACACUGUACAGUUGAGGAUAGAGAGGAAGGACACAUUGGUACAACUGAGCAGGGGCACAUGUCUCACUAUACAUCUAAGCUGGAGCACAUGGCACCUCCUUCUGCUCAGACAGAAGCUGUUGUUUCUUAUGUUGCAGGAGAAAGGCAUGCACCACCUGACUGUACUGUAUCAGGCCCAGCGAUGUGCUGCUCUGCUGAAGCAAGACAAACUACUCCAGACUGGACUACCACUGGGCCAGAGAUUUCCCAGGGCACUCUGCCAGGGUUGACAGUGCUCCACGUUGGGGGGACAUGGCAAACAUUUGCUGCAGAGGAUGAACCCUGUGUUACCACUUUAUUGUCACCUGUUAAGCCUCUGUCUUCCAGCAGAAAGUAUGCUCCGUAUAAUCUGCAAAUACCUUCCUACUCUGAAAGUGAGCCCCAGGCGCACAAGGGGUUAUCCUCUGAGACAUUUGGCCCAUGUGAGCCUCUGCAUAUUAAUCAAUUACCAUCAUCUUUGCUGCUCAAGAUAUUUUCUAACUUGUCGUUGAAUGAGCGCUGCAUUUUGGCAUCCCUUGUCUGCAAGUACUGGCGUGAUCUCUGUCUAGAUUCCCAGUUCUGGAAACAGUUGGAUCUCAGCAAUCGUCAGCAGAUUAAAGAUAACAUACUGGAAGAAAUUGCAUCCAGAAGUCAAAACAUAACCGAAAUCAACAUUUCCGAUUGCUUCAGUGUGUCUGAUCAAGGUGUCUGCGUUGUAGCACUCAAAUGUCCAGGACUGGUUAAAUACACUGCUUACAGAUGUAAGCAACUGUCUGACAUAUCCCUUAUUGCCCUCGCCGCUCACUGCCCAUCCCUGCAAAAAGUCCAUGUUGGAAAUCAAGACAAGCUUUCCGAUGAAGCACUUAUACAGAUGGGGAGAAGGUGUAAAGAAUUGAAAGACAUACAUUUUGGUCAGUGCUACAAGAUUUCUGAUGAAGGACUGAUUGUUAUAGCUAAAGGAUGUCAGAAAUUACAGAAGAUCUACAUGCAAGAAAACAAAUUAGUGUCGGAUGAAUCUGUAAAAGCUUUUGCUGAGCACUGCCCAGGUCUGCAGUAUGUUGGCUUCAUGGGUUGUUCUGUUACGUCCGAGGGAGUUAUCAAUCUUACCAAACUCAAGCACCUUUCAAGUCUUGACCUUCGCCAUAUCACUGAACUGGACAAUGAGACUGUAAUGGAGAUUGUAAAGCAGUGCCAGCACCUCACUUCCCUGAAUCUCUGCCUGAACAGAAGCAUCAAUGAUAGGUGUGUGGAAGUGAUUGCUAAGGAGGGGCGAUCUCUCAAAGAACUGUACUUGGUGACUUGCAAAAUCACAGAUUAUGCUUUGAUAGCAAUUGGUCGGUACAGUAAGAGCAUAGAGACAGUAGACGUUGGAUGGUGCAAAGAAAUUACAGAUUAUGGAGCAAAACAAAUUGCACAAAGCAGCAAGUCUAUCAGAUAUCUUGGGUUGAUGAGAUGUGACAAGGUGAAUGAAGCCACAGUGGAGCAGCUGGUUCAGCAGUAUCCUCACAUUACUUUUAGCACUGUCCUCCAAGACUGCAAGAGGACUUUGGAGCGAGCCUAUCAGAUGGGUUGGACGCCGAAUGCAUCGCCUGCCACAUAACUCAUGGGGAAAACUGAUAUAUUUAGCAGUUGUCAUGGACAAUGCUACUUAAGGACACCUUGCCUUUUGAAAAAUCUGUGUGUCUUUUUUUUAUUUAUUUUUCUUUAACUACUAGAUAUAUAUUUCUUUUUCAAGAUCUAUCUGCUUUGCCCACACUGAAGAAGUCUACAGAGCACUCUUGUGUUAUGCAGCCAUUUCAGUGUAUGAAAGGUGUGCUUUUUUUGUGGAUCGUUUAAUUAUUUAAAAAAAAGUUUGGUUGAUUUAUGCUCAAGUUGGCUUGUAUAUUUCCCUUAAAUUGUAUGCAACAUGUUAUGGUACUGUGUUCUAAUAAAAUAUCCCUUUUGUUGCCAGGAAGAAAGAGUAAGAACCUUUAGUGUCAGAAAACUGUUUUUCAUUUGCUCAUGGCAGGUUCAAUUCCCAACUAAUAUUUUCCUAAAGUUAUUUUAUUUUUUACAUGUUCUGUGUCACAAAAAAACACUAUCACUUUUUAUGUUUCAAAACGUGAUUCAGUAGCUUUUAGCCAUGAUUUUCAUGUUGGAAGAGUCUCUACUUAGCGUCGUCUUCCAGUGCUAUGAGAUCCUCAAUGUCUUCAUUUAUAGAGAAAUUAAUUCCAUAGCCUGAAAUGAAUAUUAAUGUCUAGAUAAGCUGAUAAAUUAGGGGAAUUUAGACCUAUCUUUUGAGCUUAAGCAAUAGAGGCAAGCAAUAAUGGCAGACUGUUGACUUGUUCUUAUGCUUCCUUGUGUAGUCAGUGGAUAUUUACAGUGUUUUCUUUCUCAUUUUUGCAACACUGAUUAAAUGUCCUGUGCUCAUUAGCCCCCAAAUGACAACUAUUAACCCUUUCCAACUCAUAUAUAGGGUACAUUUUCCAAAUUGUUUUUUAAACAGGAUGUAAAACCACCAUCUCUUCCUCUUUGUUUUCAGUAUUGGCAUGAUAUUUCCUUAAAAUAAUACUAUAAACUGGUUUUCAUGAACACACAUUUAGUCUUUAUUUAUGUAUACAUUUUUAACCAAACUAUUGUACUUUCUGGGUCUCAUAUUAAUAAAAGCAUCAUCCUUAA